GUCCUAUUGGAUGAUACAGCGGGGCCGUUCAGCCGCGCCCGACUUCUUACACGCUCGAAGCGUUGACGUCGCGAACGCAGAUACGAUAUCUCUCUAUUCUCGGCCUUCUGUCACCGAAUCGUUGAAGAAUCCGGCCAGUGAAAUGCAGGGCUGCUGGAGUUGCAGAUUGUAGUCAUGCACUGGUUGUGCCGAGGGCGAAGGAGGCGAAGAACCCUAAAGAUCGUGGCGGGGAAACCACAGAAGCGGGAGUCUCUUCCAGGGAGGACAGGUUCAAAAGAUGGCGCUAUACGCGUAGAUCGAAAAGUCGGCAAAACUCGUCGCAUCCGCCAAGCAGCCACCUUGGAGACACUGUUCCUGGACGCACUCAUGGUCCAGGUUUCGGAAAAUCUUGUGUCGUUUGAGAUAGCACGGCUCCGAAGUAGCCACAGGAGUCUCACGGCCCGCGCACCUGGGUGUGCACGUGAAUUAUUGGCGAAGGUGGGGUCGUUGGCAAUCACGGUAUGUGUGUUGUGGGUGGGACCGUUAAUCACGAUGGGGUUCACGCUGCUAUACAUACAGUUCAGAGUCUUGUGUACAGAGAUGAACCGGGGGCCGUGCUUUGCAACUCCGAAGAGCCAGUCAAGCCCGGUUCAGCACGGAACAGGCUUGGUGCUUGUGUUUCGAUGGCAAAUGAAUUAAGUUGGACAGUGAGAAAUGACGCCAGCCCCUCCAUAUUUUACUGCACGAAUUCCUCACCAGCGACUAAGAACAUCUGUGUUAU